AUGUACCUGUCGUUCUACCCCAUCGGCACGUCGGGCCACCGUGCCUCCGCACUGAUGGGCUUUGUGCCCUACCACAACUAUGGCGCGCCGGCCUACGGGAACCCAGCAAACUACGCGCCGGCUCCCAUGGCGCCAGUGGCCGCGCAGUACGCGCCGGCGCCGGCGCCUGCUUUUGACGGCCAGUCACGUGCGCCCGCGCACGUGGGCGGCAUCAGUGCGGUGUUGGACUACGACGCGGCCCGCAUGGCUGCGUUCAUGUGCUGGUGCACGUUCGGCAUGCUCGGCCAGGCCCGCACGCCCACGCCGCAGCUCGAGGCCUCCGUGGUGUCCAUCUUGCACGCCACGCGCUUGCCGAAGCUGACCAUUGUCAUUGCCUUGGAGUACAUCAACCAGCGCUACGCGGCCUGCGCGCACCUGAGCAUGCCCGAGCUGGACGUCUUCGUCAAGCUUGUGGUGGCCUUGGUGUUGGCUAACAAGUUCAACGACGACAACACCUUCACCAACAAGUCGUGGUUCGGCGCCAGUGGCGUGAAGGUGGCCGUGCUCAACGCCUUGGAGCGCGAGUGGUUGGCUGCUGUCAACUGGAACUUGAACGUGGUCCACUUCCAGAGCAACAUCGAGACCUUGGAGGAGUGUUGGGUCUCGUGGUCCCACAAGCAGGCGCACCAGCCGUGCUACUUCGCCCAGCCGCCCUCGGCCCCGGCCUCCGACAACUACGGCUCGUUCUCCUCCGUGCCCUCGUCUCCGCUCUACGACUCUGCCAGCGUGUCGUCCAUGUAUGGCUACUCGCUGCCCGUGAGCGCGUCGCCCGCCAAGUUCUCGCAGGACUGGGGCGUGCCUGGGCCCCAAAACUUCCACUACCUGCGUCCGGGGCAGUACACCUCAUACGCGCCGCAGCCAUCCAUCUGGGCUUACCCGCCCACGACGUACCCGUCGAUGCCUCCCCUCAUGGACUCGGCGUACGCGGGGCUCUCGAACCCUUACUACAACUGCUUGGCCACGUACUGA